GGCCAUUCUUAAUAUUCUACAGCUAUUUUUAGAAUUUGAACCAGAACGAGGCAUAACUGGCAAGCUGAUAAGCCAGUAUAAGCUGUAAGAAAGCAUGAGUGCAUACAGUGAAAUUGACUUAUCUUUGGUUCCUGAAAUUAAUUUCUCAUUUGUAGAGUUAUAUAUUAAACAAAACAAAGGUUCAUCAGGACAGAAAUCACUAAAUAAAGGAUUCAAGUAUUUUUGUGAGGGAUACAUUCAUGAUUUAAGAGUACAAUCAGGAGAUUAUGGUUGUGCAAUAUAUGGAAAAUGCCAUCGGUCACAGAGAAAGAAUGAGAAACCCCAUCAGCUGAAGGUUGUGAUGAAAGAUUGCAAUGAAGAAAUCAGCAUAACUUAUGCUAACUGCACAUGUCCAAUUGGUGUGUCUGGAUCAUGUGGCCAUGUGACCGGGACAUUGUACCAGAUUGCCAAGUUUAAGCAUUUGAAGCAAAGAGUAAUACCAGCAGAUGCAGCUAGUACAUCACUUCCACAAACUUGGCAUGCACCACGAGGCCAGAAGAUUGAUGGUACAACAGUUGACAAUCUAGAAGUUCGUGGUUAUUCAAAAGCAGAAUUAAGAGAUAUUCCUGGACGUUCAAUUCAGUCCACUUUGUAUGAUCCAUUACGUAGUGAUUUAAAGUGGAAUGAACAUUAUGAACAACUUAAAAGAGAAGCUCCUGAAAUGUUAAUGCUAGAUGUUAUCAAACACAUUCCCAAAAUGGUGCCAUCAAAAUUUGGCCUUGUGCCUGCAGGAUCUGUAUUAAGCUAUCAACAGAGACUAGAUGAUAAUAUCGUUUUAAAUAUUUAUGAUGGUGUUUCUUUUCCAGACUUACCAGUAAAUAAUGUGAUGGAAAAUUGUUACCAAACAGUUUUAACUUCAAACCAAACAUUAAAAUUAGAAAGUCUGAAAUUAUCACAACAUAACAUCACAAAAUUUGAAAUUUCUACAAGACUUCAAAAAUCGUAGCUCCCUCUGGUAUAAACUUUCGACGGAUAGGGUGACAGCAUCAAACAUUGGUGAUAUAUUCAAACGUAAAAAGAAUGAAAGUACUUUGGUGAAAAGAUUGAAAAGUACCCGGCAUGUUACAACUGCCGCAAUGAGACAAGGCAUUGCUUUAGAACCUAC